AUGGGACCAAAGUUAGAUGAACUGAAGGCAGCAUUAGCGUUCUGUCCGCUUUGGAGUUUUGAAAAGCGCAAGUGGUUGGGGCUGCAACUUCUUCAAGCCAUGGGAGUCUAUUGUUUGCAUCACAAUUCAAGAAUACCCUUUCAAAGUGCAAUAAGGGUAUUCGACGAUGAAGCCAUGAGGUCGUAUCCAUGGGGUCGGACUGCAUACGAAGUUCUAAUUGGCUCUAUUAAAACGUUAGCUCCAGAUGGAGGUUCAUACACAAUAAGCGGCAUGAAGGACGCAUUAUUGAUUUGGGCUUAUGAAUCUGUCACAUGCUUCGGUGAGAGUUUUUGGAGAGUGAUCAAUAACGAAGACGUUCCACUUUUGCGAUGGGGUGGACAGCGUACACGUGCAAGCUUUGAUAAAUUGUUGUAUGCUGAAAUCGAAAAGCAUGGCGAGUUAAGGUGCUGUGAUGGAGAAUGGUUUUCAAGGACUCAAUUGAAGAGAUGUUUCCUAUUUGGCCGGGGGAAUGCAAAGGGGAAGGGGAAUGAAAAGAAUAGAAUGAAGGGUGGAGUUUCGUCAGAAGCAGAGCCACCCACUAAGAAGCAAAAGAAAGUCAAGACACGGAAUGAAUCUGAAGCUGAUGCAGUGGGAAAGGGUUCUAGCGAGAAGGAAGGUAGCAAAGAGUUGGAGUUGGAGAACAAAGCGACUCUAACGACCAUUGUGAAUAACUCUUUAUCGAUGGCAUCACCGGUGGUUCAAACGCUUCAGAAGUCUGUCAAUAGUCCAGCUUUAGUAGCUGCGACUCCUGAUAAGGAGUUUGGACCGAAAAAGAAUUUGGCCAAGGAGCUUGAAAAGGAAUCAGGGGCGCGUAUUGUUAAGGGUGAGGAAGCCGAUGAGAAGAAAAAAGCAGCGCAUGCAGAUGCUGCGUUAAAGAGGAAGGAGAAGGCUGAGGCUAAGAAAAAAACUACUGAGGAUAAGAAAAAAGGGGCUGCUGAGUCAAAGUACAAAAAGGUGACUCCACCGCGUGACGGUGUAACAAGAUGCAAGGUACAACCUGAUGUAGAGGACAGUUCAUUGGCUGAUAUAACUGACGAAGUUGUUGCAGAACAGAACGAAUUCGCGCCGGAGUCUGAUGUCGAGAAUUCUGAAGUGGUUAGAUCUGCCAUAAUUAAGGACUACCGGGAGAAAAAUGUUCGGUUAACUCCAAAAGGGUUGUCGAUGACGGCAGUUUCUUCAUCAUUACUUUUUCCGAACGUAGGACAUGGAAUAACGACGUGCAUGAGGAAGAAUGUUACUCCUUCAUCAGCAAUAUAUGACCCUCUAGCACCUGUUGAUCUGGCGCGAUUGGAAAAACUGAUGCAACACAUUAAGGGAAUUCCACCCACACCACCAGCACCAGCAGAUAAACCAGCAAAUCAAAAUGUCUUCUUCAUCCUGCGUUUCAGAAAAUUCUCACAGACUCCGUUUGAACGCGGAAAGAGGAACGCCGAAACAGUGUUGAGACAUUUAUUCAAAUGGGCGGAUGAGUGUUUGGUUGAAGAGGUUGAGGAUAUUAAUUCACUGAUAAGUGGCAUGAACAAAGACAUCUCGGAAUUUAGACUUAGCGUUGCUCGGUUCGAGAAAGAGAUUGAAAUAUUGAAAACGACAUCUGAGGGAAAAGGAGAAGAAUGUAUGAGUCAGGGUCGGUGUUUGAGGAAUGUGUUUGUUUGUGGGGUUGGAAUGUCGUUACUUUGCUACUACUACUACUUUGUUUAG